AUGUCGCAGGUGGACAUUCUCCAGCUGUCUGAAUCGCACCAGGACUUCAGCAACUUCGAUCCUGAGCACCGAUUUGAGGAUGCAUUUUCACCAGCUGAGACGAGGCAGGUCCAGGUGCUUCUUUGGGACCAUGUGAAGACGCUGCUUCAGGAGGCUGAGCAAGAAGAGGUCAAGAGAGCACUUGGGGCAGCAGCGAUCGAAGAGAAUGAGCAGCUCUUCAGGGAGGCUGCGAGCUUGGAGGAGAUCCUGGGGGACUUGCAGCGGGGUGGGGAGAAGCAGGCUGAGGUGCAGAGGCUGUUUGAGACUCCGGCGAGGAGCCUGGUUGAGGAUGAGAUCCGGCUCCUCCUUGAAGCACUCCACCGGUCCAGCUCUGAAGACGUUCCAAACACCCAGUUCGACAAUCGCUUUCCCGAACCCCUCCCUGACGAGCCACAGGAAUCAGACAACUUGGACUCUCCUGAGAGCCCCUCGGAGUCCUUCUACUUCGUCAAAGCGCCAACGCCACAAGCGAGCAAGUCAGCCAGUAUUGGGACUCAGCACUCGCUGCCAACUGAUCGCAGCUCGCCAACAGCUUCUAACAACUUCCCAACGACUUAUGCUCACCUGCCGGCCGCUUAUAGCAGCCUUCCUAGUCGGAGGGACUGCCACAGCGCUCCGAUCCCUGUCCAGAAUGCAAAAGACAAGCAGAUCUUUGAGUAUCUCACAGCUCGGCCCGCAUCUAGCGGAUCCGUACGGCCUCGGACGUCCGACGGGCGAAGCCUUCUCCGUCCGGGCACUGCACACCUCCCGCGUCCCGAGACCUCGGGGGGUGUACUUCUAAAUCCACUCCCGAGACCGCAAACCGCGGCUGUUCGUUACUUUCCAGACGAUUGUGGACGGUUCCUCACGGGACAGAGCUUGGAUUCUCCUGUUUGGGAGCGUCCGUCGAGCGCCACAUCUUACGGAGGUGCAUCUUCUAGGAAUUCACGUGCUGACCCCAUAGAAAGCCCGCGGUGUUCUGUACGAGCAACUGAAACGAACGGUCCCGCAAGUUCUUCGGGGCUUAACCAGCGGGGCGUAGAGUCGGGCGGUUCUUCGAGACCGGGGUCACAACGAGGGCGGGCGCUCUCGAGAAGUUCAGACGGUUCGGACCGCAAGGCAGACGGUUCGGACCGGGGGGUGGGUAGCAGACCGGGCACCGGAAGCUCCCUCGGGGGGCAUCAAUCGAGGCAGAUCGUAGAGGCUGUGGCUGACCGGUUGAACGUGUUUGAGGUCGGGGCGGUGGCGGCGCCUCUGCAAAGGGCGCUGGCAGAUGAGCGGGCGGCACUCUUGGAGGACAUCGAGUGCCUGCACCAACUGAUUGACGAGGAGGCGGAGUCGCAUCAUAAGGUGCUUUGGACUGCGACUGUGGGAUUGAAAAAUUUUCUUCGCAUUGCCGUGUCUGCGUCGCGGCCGCCCCCGUCCAUCAAAGAUUUGCGCGACUACGGCGCGCGCCUGGAGGCGUCCCUGCGCGCGCACAUCGUAGAGGCCAAUCUGACGCGCGAGCGGGCGUCACCGGCUCGGACCAGUAAGCAGAUCGCUAGUGAGGCGAGAAACGGGAGGACUGGGGAAUCCAGAUUAGCAAGUCCUCGGAAAGUCGCGGAGCAACAUAGCGCUGGAGGUUGGGAAGCGGGUACUAGGACCGACGGGCCUCGAGGUGACGGAAUCAGCAAAGAAGAGGGAGUGAGACGUAAUGGCGUUGAUCGUCACAUGACCGCAAACUGCGCCGGAGUUGACAGCCACAAGGGGGAAUUGCAGAGAAGCAACGGUUGUGGGCGUACACAACAAUCAGAGAAGAAGUCAAAUGCGUUGAAACAUGUUACGACCAUCAAGGUGGAUCGACUGGAACAGUUGCCUGUUUCAGUCGGAGACGAGGAUGCGUCAGGGGAGCGCUGGAGCCCUAGCAUGAAACGGACGUCCUCAAGCAAAGUUCGGAAGUUUCGCAGUUUCGUGAUGGACUUGCAGACCGAAGCCUCUGGCGCUGCGUCGCUGUGUCGAGCAGAAAUAACCUGA